AAACGCAUCAGUCGCUUAGAGACGCGUAAACCACACACUUACCCGGUAGAGUUAGCUUUACACAAAAUGGCAUUUAAAUUUAUUUUCGAAAUUCUCGUUUUAGCUGUUUGCGUUGAGUUUGGCGCGUCGAUCCGGUGCUACGAAUGCAACAGCGCGAACAAUUCCAUGUGCUUGAACCCCACCAUCUACGACACGGAGACCGUGCAGAAGUACCUCCGCACCACCAGCUGUGAUAAAAGCGCCUUCGUAGGAUCAAAUCCGUCAGCAAGCAAACAGUUGUUCUGCAGAAAAAUCAUUCAGACGAUUCUCCACAAGGGUCACGAUGCUGAGGUCCGAGUGACUCGCGGCUGCGGCUGGGUGAGACACCACAAGGAUUGCUACAAGGCGGACAAUGAAGAUCAUUUGGAAACAGUAUGCCAGUGCUUCAGCGAUGACUGUAAUUCGGCCAUGAUGUUAGAACAUAGUCUUUUAAUUACUUUCAUUAGUUUAGGGUUUCUGUUUUUAAAAUAUUAGUUAGGUUACAGUACUCCCUUAUGUAUUAUUAACCCUCUACUUUUAAAUUGGAACCAAUUCUACUAAUUUAUAACGAUAACCUUAUGUUCCCGAUUCUAUUACGAUCCAACUAGGUACGAUACGAAGGUAGUAGAAUUGAAUCCCAGGUCCUUUGUAAAUGAAUUUAAAUGAUUUUAAACCAAAAAGGAUGAAUAUAAAUGUGAUUUAUGUAUGUAUCCUUUAUACUGAAUUUGUAAAGUCACGGCUACACUUCCGUUUCAGUUUAUUACGUAAAUUUUCGUGAUUGUCACGAAGGUGCUUAUAUCAUUAUUAAAUAUAUUUUUUAUUUAUACGUUAUAAUUAAUUGAAUGUAAAAUGAAUAAACAUAAAUAGUAAAUUAAGGAUUUAAAUAAAAUUAUAAUGUGUCAUGGCACAACAUAAGUACAUAAAUGGCAUUAUUAAUAAAACUUUGUUUCUUUGCUCUUUCUGUCAUCAGUAGUUUGACAUUCGAAAGAAGAAGACAAAGCUUUGCAUCCGUAAAAUGUUAAUCAGUUCGGAUUUAAUAUAUGUAUAUCUAGAAAUAGUAAUUAAUUCAGUAUCAAUGGUUGAUAACGGAUCAAUGUCAGAAAUUGUGGCUAUCAUCAUCAUCUUUAGACCAUUCGUUUGCUCUGCUUUUCUAUCACUUGCAAAAGGAUUAAAUACUUAGAAUUCAUCACCUUUUUGUAAUAAAAUUGUGAUUUUGAAAUACAAUGACAGUACAGUAACAGUCUGUGAACGUCCCAAUGCUGGGCUAAGGCCUCCUCUCCCUUUUUGAGGAGAAGGUAUGGAGCUUAUUCCACUAUCAUAAAAAAAAAUUAUGGUACAAGAAUAAUUUUCUCAGCUCUUCUAUUUCGUAUUUUUCAAUUGUAUUAUUAUAAAAAUAUGUAAGCAGGGUAAAAUUUUAUAAUACAUUUAAUUUAAUUUAUCUGUUUCAUAAGUCUUACGUUUUAAGUGAAUGUUGAUAAAAUAAAAGUAUAAAAUAAAUA